AUGUUGAGCCUCUACUUCUUGCCGCCGUCGUGGCUGGCGCAUUUUUCGCGUCGUCGUGCUUCUGGGUUUGAUAGAAGCAGGCAGAAGCUGCAAAAACCGCCUCUGGGGCUUGAUGGCGUAGUUUCUGUGCGGUGUACUAGUAGAGCAGUGGCGCCGCCGCCAGAGCGCUACAAGUUUCAUCCAGCUUCCGCUGUGUGCUUUGUUGGUUCCUCGGAUCCUCCCACGCGCAUGCAAUUUUUCCAGAUGGUCUCCCGACGACGCUGUCCGUGUAACAUUCGAUUCCAGGUUGUACUGCUUCAACCAAUAGUAUUAUACCUUUGUGCUACGAAAAUUAUGUGAUGCGUGCCCUGCUGUGCAGGUUUUUCUAUCCUCAGGGUAAGUACGCAAAUAAAACUUUUAAGACCUUGAUAUAUUUCGACUCUGUAAAUAUAGUAAUGGCUCGACGAGAUCACGCGAUCAAUGAAGAAACCACUGUGCUAGCUAGCCGCCGUUGGGUGGAGUGCCUUAAUUUUUGUUUUGAAGGUGCAGGUGUGAAGUGGGUGUAAAAUUUUUUUGUAGUAAUCCUUCAACCAUUCAUUUUUCAGUUUCAAAUCCGAGAAGAUCCUAUAGAGACACUUUAUCGCAAUAAACAAAACUUAUAUAGCCCCGUGUGAUCACGAUCAUUACUUGCAGGACGACGCGCUAGCUGACGGCGAAGCGGUGACGGUUUUUUCUCCCUCUGGAAGGUAAACUAAUAGUUUCGCAUCUGAUUCUUGAUCGAUAGCAAGCAGAGGCGGAGCUUGAUCUUGACAAUGUUAUCUAUCAAUUUCUACAAGAACACAUCAUGGUCUACUGUUUUUUCAUGCAUAAUUUCUUCUCUAACAUGUCGACGUCUCAUCCCAAAUCGACGCUGGCUGCCCAAGUUGAUGUAGUGACCCACAACAAGUCCGAGUGUCAUUAUGCCUCUUGCCGCCCUAUCGCGCUGCAGGGCAGGGAGUUGCAGGCGUACCCAACCCGUGUAGUAGUUUAACGUAUACGUACGGCUGCAGCUGCCCAACAUGUUGUAGGGCGUUGUUUAUUUACUUUAGAAAAAUCAUUCUUUUUUUUUUAUCCAUAAGAGGAAUUUAUUUUGUCGCCAUCGCAGAGGGGGUAUCAUUCUCAUAUCGUCUUAUCAUUUUCGUGUCGUCGUCGCAAUUCGUAUGAUGAGUUUGGCUUUCUUUUUCCGCUACGCUACAGUAAAAAAUUUUCUGGGCGAAAUAUUGUGCUAUUUCGCCGGGUAGAACAAACAUCAGGACGAUAUUGUUCAGAAAAAAACCUUAACAGCGCUUUCCAUCGCAAUAAAUCUAGC